GGGUUGAUACAAAAUUGAAGUUCACCCUCGAACCAUCUUUAGGUCAAAAUGGUUUUCAGCAGUGGCACGAUGCGCUCAAAGCAGUGGCUAGAUUGCCGACAGGCAUACCGAAAGAAUGGCGGAGGAAGGUUUGGCUGACCCUAGCUGAUCAGUACUUACACAGCAUAGCCAUUGACUGGGAUAAAACCAUGCGUUUCACAUUCAAUGAAAGAAGUAAUCCUGAUGAUGACUCCAUGGGCAUCCAGAUAGUAAAGGACCUUCACCGAACUGGUUGCAGUUCUUACUGUGGCCAAGAGGCAGAGCAAGAUCGAGUGGUAUUAAAACGUGUUUUGCUGGCUUAUGCCAGGUGGAAUAAAUCUGUUGGCUAUUGUCAAGGAUUUAACAUACUAGCUGCACUUAUUCUGGAAGUAAUGGAGGGCAAUGAAGGGGAUGCCCUGAAAAUCAUGAUUUACCUAAUUGAUAAGGUGCUUCCUGAUAGCUAUUUUGUCAAUAAUCUCCGCGCUCUCUCUGUGGAUAUGGCUGUUUUCCGAGAUCUUUUACGAAUGAAGCUUCCUGAACUGUCCCAGCACUUAGACACACUGCAAAGAGCUGCUAACAGAGAAAGUGGAGGAGGCUAUGAACCCCCACUUACAAAUGUCUUCACAAUGCAAUGGUUUCUGACACUCUUUGCCACUUGUCUGCCUAAUCAUACAGUUCUGAAGAUCUGGGAUUCAGUAUUCUUUGAAGGCUCUGAAAUUAUACUGAGAGUAGCUUUGGCCAUCUGGGCAAAGUUAGGAGAGCAAAUAGAGUGUUGUGAAACCGCAGAUGAGUUUUACAGUACCAUGGGCAAGCUGACCCAGGAGAUGCUGGAAGACAGUCUGAUUGACAGCAAUGAACUCAUGCAGACUGUUUAUACCAUGGCUCAGUUUCCCUUCCCACAACUGGCAGAAUUAAGGGAGAAAUACACGUACAACAUUACUCCUUUCCCUGCAGCAGUAAAAUCAACUUCACUUUCAGGAAGGCUAAGCAGAACCAGAGACAGUGAUGAGGAGAAUGACCUAGAUGAUGAAGACUCAAUUGCCAAUGCAAUUGGCUGUCUUGGACCCUUAAGUGGGUUUUUGGCACCAGAGCUCCAAAAAUACCAAAAACAGAUGAAAGAUCAGAAUGAAGAACAAAGUCUGGGUUCCAGUAACAUUGCAGAAUUAAGUCCAGGAGCAAUAGACUCUUGCCGAAGCGAGUAUCAUGCUGCUUUUAACAGCAUGAUGAUGGAGCGUAUGACCACUGAUAUUAAUGCCUUGAAAAAGCAAUAUUCCAGGAUAAAGAAGAAGCAGCAACAGCAGGUUCACCAUGUGUAUAUCAGAGCAGGAUCUGAAGUUGAUGACCCUGGGAUUUUUUUAGAUCCCAGGGACCAGCUGAACAAUGACAAAGGGCCAGUUACCAGCCUCCUCCCUUCUCAGGUAAACCAUUCCCCGGUGAUAAACCACCUCCUUUUGGGAAAGAAGAUGAAAUUGAAUAACAGGUCGCUCAAAAAUGCUGUUAUUCACAUUCCAAGUCAUGUUACAGGGAAGAUGUCUCCCAUUCCCCAGGAAGAUCUUAAAACAAAAUUGAACUCUCCGUGGCGCACUCACAUACGAGUUCAUCGAAAGAAUAUUGCUAGGGCCAAAGGCCAGCUGGGCUAUGGGGAUACCAUAGGACUAAUAGAUGAGCAGAAUGAGAGCUGUAAAACAAAUAGUCCUGGUGCAAAGGAGGAGACUUCCAAACAUUCUGACUUUGGAGAAAGAGGAGGAGGUGGUUUGGAUGACAGGACUACUCGAAAAGCUGACCAGCAGUCGUCUGAGCCAGUUUCUAUGGACAGCAGUACAAACAUGUCAGUGGUUCAGCUAAAACUGGAAGCAUUGGAACUCUCCUCAGAUAAAAAAAACGAUGCUGAGUCAACAUCACAUCAGUCCUGCCAGCCAUGUUUGUCCGAGUCAUCUAGUUCAUCCGGCGACAGUGGAAACCUGGCUAAAUCUCCCCAGCCUGGGAACCCAAAGCCACAGGUCUUCAAUCCUUUUCCCAGUGUCAAGCCUCUUCGAAAGUCAGCUACAGCCAGGAAUUUAGGGCUGUAUGGCCCCACUGAAAGAACACCAACAGUACACUUCCCACAAAUGAGCAGAAGUUUCAGUAAGUCUGCCAGUGGCAACAGUGGGACCAGGAAACGGUGA